AUGUACGCAUGUGAGUCCGAGUGUGUGAGUUUGCGUGUACCUGGACUCGUGGUAACUCUCUCUCUCUCUCUUGUCCCCACCCGCUCUACCCCCUCCCCCUUUCCUCUCUCUGUCUCUGUCCCCUCCUCUUUUUUUCUUAUCCCUCUCUCUCCCACCACCCAUUUCUCUCUCUGCCUAUCCCCCCCCCGUCUCUUCCUGCCUGCCCCUCCCCCUCUCUCUCUGCCUGUACGCCUCUCUCUCUGUCUCCUUCUAUCUCCCUGUUCCCCCACCCCCCCGCCAGGAGUCGGAAAGUCCUGCCUGCUGCUCCAGUUCACAGACAAACGGUUCCAGCCUGUUCAUGAUCUGACCAUCGGUGUGGAGUUUGGGGCCCGCAUGAUUCACAUUGAUGGCAAACAGAUUAAGCUGCAAAUCUGGGACACAGCUGGACAGGAAUCCUUCCGAUCGAUCACGCGCUCCUACUAUCGAGGAGCUGCGGGGGCGCUGCUGGUCUAUGACAUCACCAGGCGGGAGACGUUUAACCACCUGACCACGUGGCUGGAAGAUGCCAGGCAGCACUCGAGCUCCAACAUGGUCAUCAUGCUGAUCGGCAACAAGAGACCCGCGCCCGGAGCGCGGUUCCCGUCUCCGUACCCCUCGGUCAGACCCGCGCCCGGAGCGCGGUUCCCGUCUCCGUACCCCUCGGUCAGACCCGCGCCCGGAGCGCGGUUCCCGUCUCCCUACCCCUCG